CAACCACUCGGCACAUCAUGAGUUCAGGAUAUGGCAUGCAUGGCGGCGUCGGCCGUUGCUUUCCUUUCUGGCAGGAGGUCAUGGCCUGCUAUGUCGUCAACACAUCGGCCGCAGACGACUCAGGCAAGAAGAAGUGCUCGCCCGUUCUAGAAGAUUACUACGAGUGCCUGCACCACAAGAAGGAGCAUGCGAGAGCGCUGGCGUUACAAGCCGCAUACGCCCGAGCUCAAUCAGCAACCGCACGAGACGAUGCGCCGAGUGCAAGCCAGAUCCGAAAUCUGGGACUGCUAGGGAAGACGGAGGACACAAAAGCGGUGCUUGGACAGGGGAACUGAGGCAAUAGACGUGGCGGGGUUUCGAUUUCUUCUGCGCGACUACAACCUGUUUGCGCGCAUAGAUAGCGCAGCAAGUUCAAUAUAGGAAAACCAGGCGGAAUUGGAGAGCCUCUUCGAAUGUUGAUUGUGAAUUGGCGACUAUUCCUGUCAGCUUGAAGGCUGCAAGUCUGUACAAUAUCAACAACGUAUAUUUUCACUC